CAGAGUGCUCAUAGAUUAUACGACAGUACUCCCUGCGACUUUGGGAAAACGCUUUCCGUUCCGCUGAAUGCUGAAUUGACAGGCGCACAGGCGGCAAGAUACCGGUGGAUUCGAGGAAGAAUUUUUAAGCUUUGAGAAUGAUGUUUGUCACUCGAUACGGAGUCAGAAACGGCGUUUUUGAACUUCUCUCUCCCAAUUCGCAGCGAGACAUGCAUUUUGGUCAAGCUCCGUGAUUUUACCGACACGUGUUAACUAAAGCUUAAUUUUACCUCACAAGAAGGCCUUCUAAAUUAUCAUAAUGAAGAUAGAUUGCUUUUAUUUUUCUCUUUUCCAUUAGUAAAAAUCCGUACUGUACAGUGCAUGGUGGAAGAUCUGUGUUUCUGUCUAUUUGCAGUCGUUUCCUGGUGUUCAGAUGCUUGUUUUGUUGUGCUUGACGGCAGUAGGAGCUGAGCUUAGUUUGAAGCCUAAGUUUUGGGCUGUUGCAGAAUUUUAAGACCAAAGUCUGCUAUUGGUCGCAGUGCUUGUGUUGCUUGGCCAGUCAUGUCAGACCGUAGGAAGGUGUUGGAAGCUUUGGUAGCCAAGAGAAAGGCUGAAGCAGAAAGUGGGGAAAAGCAUAAAAGGAAAAGCAUAUCGUCAAUGACCUUUCCCACUAAAAAGCCAGCAAUAGGAGACAAAAGAAAGGUCAGUCCCCUGAAGAAGAAAGGCAAACUGAAAGAGGAAGAGAAGCCAAAACCAAAGCCAAAGCGUGUAUCGAAGAUGGACAAGUAUGAGACUGAUGAAGAGGAAGAAUCUGAAGAGGAGGAAGAGGAAGAAGUAGAUACCACAUCUGAUUCUGGUGAUGAUGACGAAGAUUCUGAAGAUGAAGAGACAUAUAAGAAAAAGAAACCUGUGAAAAAGCCUGUACUUCAAUCUAAGGGGAGAGCUCCUGUAAAAGGCUUGGGUUCAGGUCAGAAUAUCAAGGUGAAAGAUGGAAAAGAAAAAGGAUUUCUGAAAGGCAAGGGAAAGCCAAAAUCAAAGGCAGUAAAAAGUAGUGAUGAGGAUGAUGAGGGGGAUCUUUCUGAUGAAUCGUUGCAUGGGGUUGAUCCUAACAAUAUUAUCCCUGAUAGACCUCGCAGACGAACAUUGCAGCCCACUAUUUACCAGUACGAUGUAUCAAGUGAUGAUGAGAGUGAUGAUGACAGUGAUUAGGCUACUAGCCUAAUUCCUUGUUUUUGGUAUGAUCCAUGUGGAAACAGCAUUCUGCAGCAUGCAGACAAGAAGAAGAUAUGCUACAGACAAGUAGGAUAACUUGUUGAUAGGGUUCCGUGGGAUCUUAUGCAACUGCCUGGAUACACCACAUAACUAAGUGAGCAGUUUGUAUUUAAAGAAAAAAGGUUUGUAACUUAAAGGUGGUAUUGAAUCUCUUGUGCUGGCUGCAUAUAAGUAUGUUUAUGUGAGGCUUCUUAUGUUAUAUAUUAUCUGCUAGUUCUAGGUAAUGUAAAUGGAUAAGUAAGUAAUUUUCAAAGAUAUCUGCUAUUCUAUA